CACUGCUCAUUCCAUUUCUAUCCCUGUUGUUAAUGGCAAACACAAUCAUCCCUAGAUUCAACCAUAUACUCAAACGAAUUCCCAUCUUUUCUUCUUAUUCUUCCCUGAUUAGAUGUUCAUCUCCUUUUUCCCCUCUUACUUUCACACCAAUUAAGACUUCCUCCUCUCCUUUCACACCUCUUUCAGCUUCCAUGAGCAGUGACAGUAACCCCACCAAUGGUGAAUCUCCAGUCAAUCCACCACCAAUCUCCACCAAAACAGUUAGGGUUGUGGUGAAAGGAAGAGUUCAAGGAGUAUUUUAUAGGAAUUGGACAAUUGAGAAUGCUAAUGAAUUAGGUCUGAAAGGUUGGGUACGCAACAGAAGAGAUGGUUCAGUUGAAGCACUUUUCUCUGGUGAUCCUGAUUCAGUCGGUAACAUGGAAGAAAGAUGUAGACGUGGUCCAAGAGAUGCCCUUGUUACCUCUCUUCAAGUUUUUCCUUCUACUGAUGAACCGGGAGAUACUUUUGUGCGCUACCCAACUCUUUAAUCUUGUUUGCGAAAAUAAUAGAAAAUAUGUCACUUGCGAGCUCAUGUUGGCGCCAUGCCUAAUGCAGACUCUUUUGUUUGUAAUUGUAUCAAUGAACUCAAGUUACUUUUAAUUGAUA